UCAGCCACCCCAACAUCGUGGCUCUGGAGGAUGUCCAUGAGAGCCCUUCCCACCUCUACCUGGCCAUGGAGCUGGUGACAGGGGGCGAGCUGUUCGACCGCAUCAUGGAGCGUGGCUCCUACACAGAGAAGGAUGCCAGCCACCUAGUGGGCCAGGUCCUCGGUGCUGUCUCCUACCUGCACAGCUUGGGCAUCGUGCACCGAGACCUCAAGCCUGAAAACCUCCUCUAUGCCACGCCCUUUGAGGACUCCAAAAUCAUGGUCUCCGACUUUGGCCUCUCCAAAAUCCAGGCUGGCAACAUGCUAGGCACCGCCUGUGGGACCCCGGGAUACGUGGCCCCGGAGCUCUUGGAGCAGAAACCCUACGGGAAGGCUGUUGAUGUGUGGGCCCUGGGUGUCAUCUCCUACAUCUUGCUGUGUGGGUACCCCCCUUUCUACGACGAGAGCGAUCCUGAACUCUUCAGCCAGAUCCUGAGGGCCAGCUACGAGUUUGACUCUCCCUUUUGGGAUGACAUCUCGGAAUCAGCCAAAGACUUCAUCCGGCACCUUCUGGAGCGAGACCCCCAGAAGAGGUUCACCUGCCAGCAGGCUUUACAGCAUCUUUGGAUCUCUGGGGAUGCGGCCUUUGACAAGGACAUCCUGGGCUCAGUCAGUGAGCAGAUCCAAAAGAAUUUUGCCCGGACCCACUGGAAGCGAGCGUUCAAUGCCACCUCCUUCCUGCGCCACAUCCGCAAGCUGGGGCAGAGCCCAGAGGGUGAGGAGGCCUCGGAGAGGAGGAUGGCCCGCCACAGCCACCCUGGCCUCCAGUCCGGCCAGCCCCCCAAGUGGUGA